CUGAUUGGUCGGCCGCUCUGAGUUUAAACGGCAGCCCGCGGAGAGCAGCCGCUGAAGCUAACGUUAGCCUCCGUGUUUGGAUGUUUCCCGCCUGAAAGUCCGUGUGUGCCGAACAGAACCGGUCCAAAGUGAGUCCGCCUCACUGCAAGCGUCACUGCUGCGGCUGAAUGUGAUCACGUGUCCACACGACACGGUAACGACGAAACUAACGCGCGCGUGGAGAUGAUGGAGUCUUGUUUGGGGGGUAAACCGGAGCGGGUCGGUCCGGUGGAGGUGGAUGACAUCAGGAGAGAUUUACUGGGUGAAUUCACAGCUCUACCUGCACAGGACAGUGUGGUUCAGUCUGAGAACCUUCAGGUUUUUCUGAGAGUUCGACCGUUCACUGCAGCAGAGAGCGACAACGCAGGCUCACAGGACUGUGUGACCAUCGAGGGGCCGGACACUGUCGUCCUGAAGGCUCCAAAGACCUGUCAAUCAAACCGACAGAACGACAAGUCCCUCCCACAGACGGCACAGAGGUUCACCUUCACACAGGUGUUUGGCCCUGGUUCCAGUCAGCAGAAAGUGUUUGAAGGUUCUGUUCGUGGUCUGGUUCGGGACGUUCUGGACGGAGGAAACUGUCUCGUGUUCACGUACGGAGUGACAAACGCUGGAAAGACCUUCACAUUCCUGGGUCCGGAUCACGACAGCGGUCUGCUGCCGCGCUCCCUGUCGGUCAUCUUCAACAGCAUCGACGGUCGCCUGUACAGCCGCUGCGACCUGAAGCCUCAGCGCUGCAGAGACUUCAGCAGGCUGACUCCAGACCAGCAGGCUGCAGAGAGCAGCAGCAAGAAGAACCUGCUGAGGCUGCUGAAAGAGAGUGACAAAAGUCUGACGUCUGGAAGAUCGACCUUACUCGACGGCUCGUCUCUCAGCACUGACAGCAGUGUGAACAGUGUCUCUGACGCUGACAGCUUCUGCCUGGACGUCGACUCAAACGUCCGUUUCUCCGUCUGGGUUUCAUUCUGUGAGAUUUACAACGACAACAUCCACGACCUGCUGGAACAGGUUCCCAGUGGACACCACAAGAGGGCGACGCUGCGUCUGUCUCAGGACGUCAAAGGAAACUCCUUCAUCAAAGACCUGCGCUGGGUUCAGGUGAACAGUUCUGAGGAGGCGUACAGAGUGAUGAAGAUCGGGAAGAAGAACCAGAGUUUCUCCUCCACCAGACUGAACCAGCUGUCCAGCAGGAGCCACAGCAUCUUUUCCAUCAGGAUCCUCCGUGUGGACGACGUCGGAGUUCCCAGAGUCCUCGGCAUCAGCGAGCUGGCUCUGUGUGACCUGGCCGGUUCUGAGCGCUGCUCUCGGACUCAGAACACCGGAGAGAGACUGAAGGAAGCCGGGAACAUCAACAGCUCCCUGCUGACGCUCGGGAAGUGCAUCAACGCCAUGAGACUGAACCAGCACGCCAAGUUCCAGCACCACAUCCCGUUCAGGGAGUCCAAGCUCACACACUUCCUGCAGGUCUUCUUCUGUGGUGCCGGCCGCGUCUCCAUGGUGGUGAACAUCAAUCAGAACUCGUCCUGCUUUGACGAGACGCUCAACGUCCUCAAGUUCUCCGCCCUCGCCCAGAAGGUGGUGGUGCUGAACACGAGGCCGGUGAUCAUCGACGACGCCCCCCACAGGUCGGCCUUGGAGCUGUCGAUGAUCAUCGACGAGGCCGACCGGCGCAGGAAUGUGUCAGGGCGGGGCCGGAAGAGCUCGAUGGUUGCCUGGGAGACGACCCUGGAGGAUGUGCUGGAGGACGAGUACGGGGAAGAGUCGGACGAAGAGGAGGAGGAGGAGGAGGAGAGUGUGAUGGAGGGAACGGUGCUGGAGGCGGGGGGUGAGGAAGACAAGGAGCAGGAGGAGAAGGACACGACGAUGGAGCAAGGAGAGGAGCAGUCAGACAGAGAGGCGGCGCUGCGUUUGGUUCUGGAGGCUCAGAUCAGAGAAGAAGUCAGCGCCGAGUUCAUGGAGCUCUUCAACAAGAUGGAGAAGGACUACAGCGAACGUCUGGAGAAGGAGAGGGAGAUCCUGGAGGAGAGAGCCGAGAAGAGAGUCGAGAUCCUGAAGAACCUCGUCAGCAAGACAGCGGACCUGCCCGCGGUCAGCACCGACAACAGCAAGGAGGAGCAGGCGGCUCUGCUGGAGGGAAUCAUCGGCUCGUUGACCGAAGACCUGCAGAAGAUCCGAGAGGACGCUCAGAGUGUUCACCACUGCCUCGCCGAGCACUCACAGGAGAGCUCGGAGCAGCAGCAGCAGAAGUUGACGGAGCUGAUGGAGAUCUGUCAGCAGAAGGACGACGUCAUCGACAAACUGCAGGCAGCCGUGGAGGACGCUGUGGAGAGCGCCACCAGAGACAAGACGCUGGCGGAGUCGAUCAGGUCGGAGCUGCUGCACCUCCAGCAGACCUGCCGCUGUGUGAGGAGGGCAGGAGGAGAGGAGGUGGAGGAGAGCAGGAAACGACAGCGUGAAGCUCCACAGGAGGAGGAGAAGGAGAGGGAGCCAGCGAAGAAGAGAUUUGUUCUGGAGGAGGAGAUCUGGAGGCUUCAGGGGGAGAACGACAAGAAAGAGGAGGCGAUCGUGGAGCUGAGGGAGAGGGAGGAGAGAAGGAGGAGGGGGCUGGAGGAGGAGCUGGGGAGGCGUGAGGAGGAGGUGGAGGAGCUGAAGAAGCAGAAGGUUUUACUGGAGCAGAAGGUGGAGAAGCUGACAGCUCUGGACGAGUGUUCAAACUGUGACUCGCUGUUUUUGUCUCUGGAGUCUGAGCAAAGAGAAACGAGCCGACUGUCCAAAGAGAACAAAGCUCUGGUGAACGGCAUCUUCCAGCUGCAGACCGAGGUGACCGCUCUCCAGGCUCAGCUCAAACAGCAGACCGAUCGGUGCGACAGCCUAUCAGAGCAGCUCCACGCCGCAGAGGCUCGCCUCCGCGACCUGGGGAGCCAAUCAGAGGAGAAGGCCAACACCAUUAGCAGUCUGACACAGGAAGUGGAGCGUCUGAGACAGGAAGUCCAGGUGGAGGAGGGGCGGAGCAGCAGUGUUUUCCAUGCUGCCAUGGAGGAGCUGAAGAAGGAGAGCGUGGCGGCGCUGCAGAGAUCAGCUGACAGGUGUGAACAGGUGGAUGACCUGCAGAGAGAGAACAGGCGGCUGGAGGACGCUCUGACACUCAGCCAGGACAGGUGUGUCGAGCUCAGCGAGCAGCUGGCCAAUCAGAAAGCAGAAUUCACCCGACAGCUCCAGAGCCUGAGGGUGGAGCUCGAGUCUGAGGGUGGAGCUCUGCGAGGGAGACUGCAGGAGGUGGAGAGGUCGGAGAAAGAGAGGAGGAGACACCUGGAGAGAGAGAACGAAGAGCUGCUUCGAGUUUCAUCUGAAAAAGAAAAACUGAUUGAAGAAAGUUACAGAGAGACGGAAACGCUGAGACGAGAACUGGAGCAUCUGAAGGAAGGCCUGCAGAGGAGGGAGAAGGAGAACCGACAGGUGGAGGGGGAGGAGAAGGAGAACCGACAGGGGGAGGAGAAGAAGGCGUCAGUGGUGGAGGAGCUGAAGCAGGAGAUGGAGAGACUCCAGGAGAGGAGGGGGAGACGACAGGAGGAGGACCGAGACUUUGAGGCCGUGAAGAGAGAGAUGGAGCGACUGACGGAGGAAAGAGAGACACACCUGAACAAACAGGACGUCUGCGUCUCUCCUCUGAGGUCCAACAGGAAGAAAACCCCCAAAACAACGACGGCGAGGAAGAGGAAGAGCUGCGAGGUGCAGGAUCUCGUGUUCAGUGAGAACAAAAGAAACCGAUUGAGAGCGAACAACAAACAGUCGUCGGUGGUGAAGACAGACGGGGCUCUUCAGAAGAUCGGGGAGUUGAUCCAAAGCUCUCCGUCCAUCCUGAGCAGCAAAGCUAAAACCAUCAUUGGCCUGGUCAGUGGACAUUCAGUGGAUACGGUUACCACGGCAACCAAGACGAGACGAGGACGGAAAAAACUUUACCACACGGACACCUCGUCUCAGCUGCUCGACUCUCUGCACACGAUGUCAGAAGCAGCAGAGGAGGAGAAUGCUCACCUGAUCAUUAAGAGACAGCUGCGGUCCAAGACCUGCAGGAAGUGACAUCACGAUGACAACACUACGCUGAAAACCAUCUCGGGGAUGAAAACCUCUCAGGACACAUUGAGAAUGAGACUUUUCUCUUCAGUGAGUCUAAAGAAGAGUUUAAUUUUAAAUAUCUGUACAGUUUCUGUUUUUAGUUUUUUUAGGUUGUGAUUUGUUUUUUUUGGGGUUUUUUCAUCGCUCGGGAUCAAUAAACAGAACAGUGACAAAACUUUUCACAUUAUGGAAAAUAAAAAUGAUUCCCAGCCUCUGUCUAAA